UACUUUGAAGUUUAUAAGCUGUUAACGUCAGCAUAAAGUUUCUUACGGACUUGUGCCACGUAUAUUUAUUAUUUUAAUAUUAUUCCAAAAAGCAUAUCAACUAAUAACUGUUUUCAUGUUUUUUCUCGCUCGAAACGAAGUGACUUCGGCAAAUCUUUUAUAAGAAAUGGGAUCUUCUCAUAGCGUGGAAAUACCUGGAGGCGGUACGGAAGGUUAUCACGUAUUAAGAGUUCAAGAUGAUUCUCCUGGACAAAAAGCUGGUUUGGAAGCAUUUUUUGAUUUUAUUGUCUCCAUUGGAAAUACUCGCUUGGAUCAGGAUAGUCAUAUUUUAAAGGAUCUUCUUAAAGCUAACGUAGAUAAGGAAGUUACCAUCACCGUAUAUAGUAGUAAAACACAAUCUGUACGUCAAACCGUUAUUGUACCUAAUAUGACAUGGGGUGGACAAGGAUUCCUUGGUGUUAGCGUACGGUUUUGCUCAUUUGAAGGUGCCAAUGAAAACGUUUGGCAUGUACUUGAAGUACAUCCUUCUUCUCCUGCGGAACUAGCUGGCUUACAUCCCUUUACAGAUUAUAUCAUUGGAGCUGAUUCUGUUUUACACGAGAGUGAAGAUUUAUUUACUCUGAUAGAAGCUCACGAAUCUCGGCCAUUGAAGCUAUAUGUGUACAAUACAAUGGAUGACUCUUGUAGAGAAGUUACUAUUACACCAAAUAAUACAUGGGGAGGCGAAGGAAGUUUAGGAUGUGGAAUCGGAUAUGGAUAUUUGCAUAGAAUACCUAUCAGAAAUAUUCCAGAGAACAAACCACGUACUUCAUCGUACAUGUCUAAUAUAAAAACUACUGUUCCCAGUCAAGUGCAAACAAGUGCGACUGCUACAGUUACAAACAUACCACCUGGAUUUUCAAUUCCAUCAAAUUAUAUUCCAACUACUAUUGACAAUACUAGCAAAAAUGAAACUAUAAUUACGUCGCAGGUAACAUCGUAUCCCAAUUUAUCGCAAAUAAAUCCUGUCGAUGCUGGAGCUACUACAACUAAUUCAACGAUUCAUCCUUCUUCUAAUCAACCUAUCGUUACUACUUCACCUAGUGCUGAAAUUACCAAUUAUAAAGAUAGUCCAAACAUUCCUGGUAUGCCAACCACUCCACCUAUUUCAUCAUUUUCUGUGGAAGGAAAUAUUCCAGUAGGAUUAACAACUACGCCACAUGUGAUUACAAUGCAAAGUUAUAAUUUACCGGGUGUUCAAACUACUUCUUCACUACCUUUUAAUGUGCCUCAAUCCCAACUUGUGACAACGCCUAUUUCAUUACCUGGAAUGCCACCAAUUACCGUUAAUGCAACUCUCCCACAAAAUCCUUCUUUCUAUUCUUCUGUUCUUCAUCAAAAUCAAUUACCUACUACUACCCCAUCUUCACCUGCAUCGUUGACGACACAGUAACAGUUAUUUCUGAUGCUUCAAAUACGAUCUUUUUUGCCCUUUGAUAAAAUAUUCUAUAUGUAGGUAAAAUAAAAUAGAACAUAUAAGCAA